AUGUCAGCAGAAAAUCUGGCCAAAGUAAAGCAGACUCAAUCCCUCUUCCAAACUUGGCAGCCCAUAACACCAGUCGUAUGCUUGUCCCUCGGGUUGCGGCUCUCCAAGAAAGCAGCCAAGCCCACCCCGGCCAGGAGGAAAGCAUUUGGCGGCGGCGAUGACUCCGAUGAUGAGAGUCCGGCGCCUAGCUCGGCGCGCGGCGGAGCGCAAAACGUCUUGGAGUUCGGUGGGCUCGAUGAAGACUUGUCCUCCAGCGCGCGGCCGGCGUCCCCGGAAGUGGGCCGGCGCUCCAAGGGCAAGAACGCAGCGCCGACGAAGCCGCCGACGCUGAAGAAGAAGAGCGCGCCGGAUGGCAUGUUUGAAGACCUGGCAGGAUCGCUAACGGCGCGCAAGAACACGGAGGAAGGGACGAAGGUGGACGCGAGCCUGUACGACUAUGACGGGGUGUACGAGGCGAUGAAGCCGCAAAAGAAGAAGGCGGCGGUGACGGAGGAUGAAGAGAGGAGGCCCAAGUACAUGAGCGGGCUGCUCGCGGCGUCGGCGGUGCGGAAGCGAGACCAACAGGUGGCGGAGGAGAAGAAGAUCACGCGAGAGCGCGAGGCGGAAGGCGAGGAGUUUGCGGACAAGGAAAAAUUUGUGACGGCGGCGUACAAGAGACAACAGGAGGAGAACAAGCACGGGGGCAUGACGGCCUUUUACCGUGACCUAUUAAAUCGCGGAGAAAAAGAGCGCGCCGAGAUCGUGAAAGCGGCCGAAGACAAGGCCAAGUCAGGCGCGAAGGCGAGCGCAGAGGGUGAAAGCGCAGAAAAGACGGAAGCGGAGCUCGCCAAGGAGAUGGGCGACAAGGGCGUGUCCGUGUCCGUAAACGAGGACGGCCAGAUCAUCGAUAAGCGACAGCUCCUGCAGGGCGGCCUCAACGUGGUGACCAAGAAGCCGGGACCGCGAAAGGCUGGAGACAAGGACCCCUCGUCCUCUUCGCAGCAGCGGGACCGGCAACGGGAUCACGGGCAGUCACGCAUGCUGGAGGAGCAGCUUGCUGAGUCGCUCAAGCGGUCGCGCGAGGAAGAAGAGGAGGAGAGGCAAAAGACGGUGGAGAAGCUGACCAAGUCGACCAAGACGGACACGGACAUCUCGAGCGCCAGGGAACGGUACCUGGCGCGCAAAAGGCAGAUGGAGGAGGAGAAGAAGAAGGCAUCGGGAGCGCAGUAG